AUGGGCUCUCCAAAGCCGCAGCAAGACCCGUGUCCACAUCCACAACAAGACCCGUUUGAACAUCCGCCGCUGCGGGGGAUCGGACAAGAUGACAUUUCUAACAUGAAACCUCGCUGCUCUUCAGUGUCCAGUGACGGUGGAUAUAAGGUCCUUUGUAACUUCAACCUCUCGGAUGUAUCCAAGGACAAAGAUGAAGUUGGCCACGUUCCAGACAAAAACCUGUCCCAAUACCUACGUCCGAAAAUGCCGUGUUCGUUGACUGCUAUCGAGAAUGCGUUCGUGCCAAGUCCCGAGUGCUUCGAAAACUCCAAGUAUCUACUCACCGCUGUUUUCAAGACCAUCAAGGCCGCACACCCUGACUUCCGUUUCGACACUGUUGACAUCGUUCUCAGCAGUAGAGUGUUGCUAACGAUGUUUUAUAUGUGCCUAAGGAACAAGAUGGCAUCACUCUUCGGUGCCAUGACUUUCGAGCUUUUUGGAAACACGCUCAUCAUCAGCUUCGAUGAAGAAAAGGAACGCCGCAAAUACUGGAAUGAACCCAGCGGUAAUUAUUUACUACGCUCUGCGGGUUCAACAAAGCCAUAUCACGACCUGGUUCGCGCCGUGAAAUACGAUCUUGGUGGCCUCUCAUGCAUGAUUGUUCACGCCUAUGAUACCACCACUCGGAAACCCAACAAGAGACACCAGAAAAAAAGAAACGCCAACAAACACUCUAGUAGUGAAUGUAAUACUGCCAACUUCUUUGUUGAACAUAUUACAAAGAUGGAUCCCGCUGUUAUAUUCGAAUAUUUAUGGUUUGGAAGGGUCGAGAGCUACGUUGUUGCGAAAGUCAGCAAGGACUCAACGAGAAAUAAGAUUUGGUUGCGGGAUCUUACUCUCGCCCCAAAGCCUGCUCCCACAGAAUAG